ACAAAAUUCAUCAUAAAAAUAUCUAUUAUUUGCAGAGAGGAAAUAUCUUUCACAUUUAUACUCAAGUUUGGAACGAGAAAGAAGACAGCAAAAAUCGACAAUGGUUGCCGCCGGUUACCACUACCGCCGCCUUGGCUUGCUAGUGCCAGUGUCUCUCAUCAUGUUCUUGGCUUUUCUAAACGAUGCUCAUGCUGCCUUUGCCUCCCUCUCUCCUACGGGCCGCGUUUCUCGCAGCAGCAAACCAUCCUUGUUGCCCCUGACGCGAGACGUCACCCCGUCACCCACACGGCUGACAUCUGCCACCAACAGUGAAUCCUCCUCCUCUCCACCGGAAGUGACGGGAUGGAGAGGACAACUUUUAAAGGCAUCCAACAUUGCCUCGUUGCUAUGUGUCUUGGAUUGCACAGUACUACCGGUGGUGACGGUCGUGUUGCCGUUUUUUGGAUUGGUCGCCGCCUCUCCGGCACAAAUGGAAUUCUUGCAUCACUUGGGACAUCAAGUGGCGCUGUUUUUUGUCUUGCCUGUGGGAGGCUCGGCGACGCUCUUGAAUUAUCUCUACGCGCAUCGUCAAAAGAGAAUUGCCUCAUUGGGAGUGUUGGGACUUGUCAUGGUACUGGCCGCCAAUGCUCCACAUGGGCUACUCCACGCCGUUCAUGACACGGUCCUGUUGAAGUUCCUGUAUCCGCUGUUGCAUGCCGUUCACCACGGUAUUACCCAUCGAUUGGUCAACAUUCUGGGAUGUGCCUGUCUUUUGGGAUCCAACUACCUCUCCAAACAAUCGGGAAAAUGUCUUCACGGACACGAUCACAGCGAAUGCGCUGACAGCGGGCACAGUCAUAGCCACAGCCAACACGAUCACGAUCACUAGCUAGCUAGCUUGAUACGAUCAAAAGAACAUAGAAGGAUGCAAUCGUGAAAUUGGAUAGCUAAGCAAACAAAUAAAGAAACGAAUAAAAACGAGCAGCGCUCUUUCAGAUGAAGCCCAGUGCAUGGACUGCUUGUGGUUGUACCAUUAAUACCAUCAACUUUCUAGCUAGUAGUCACAACCU